AUGUCAGCGUUCCAAGACUUCAGCUACCUCUCUGAGCGCCGCCGUGCAGAGCGUGCGCAGCAACGGAAACGGAUGAUUAUUGCAGCCAGCACCGCAUCGGUUUUCCUUGUUGUGGCUGUCUGUGCAGUCAUUGCAGUCGUAUACAACCCAAAGCCCACCGAAUCCACCCCUAACAGCUCCGCGAAAUCUACGACGGAAACCUUCUCCCCAAAAUCUGACUCUGGCUCUCUCAUCAAAGACUUCCAAACUAACAGCGCCAUCAAGGUCAUUUGUUCCCCCACCGACUACCGCGCCACCUGUGAGUCCACCAUGAAAGGCGCGACCAAUUCCAGCUCCACUCCCAAGGACCUCGUCCGCGCUGCCGUCGCAACCAUCGUCGACGAGGUCGAUAAGGCCUUCAAAAAGUCUGAUGUGAUUGGCACGGCGGACCCAGCGGUCAAGAGCGCCGUGGAGCUGUGCCAGAAGCUGCAUAAGUACGCCCUGAAAGAGCUAGCAAACACCCUGGACACCAUCGAUGCAAACCAUCUGAACCAGCUGCCAAAUAAAGUGCACGAGCUCAAAAACUGGCUCAGCGCCACCUCGACGUACCAGGAGACGUGUAUUGAUGGGUUCCCUGACGGCGAGCAGAAGAACAAGAUGACGACUGAGUUAAAAACGGCCAAGCAGCUUACCAGCAAUGCCCUGGCCAUCGUGGGUAGCUUGCCCUCCUUCCUUUCGCUCAUCAGCAAAGGUGGCCGACGUCUUCUAUCCGAGCCUCCAGUCGAAAAGCCAGAGGUUGUUCGCGAAGAUGGCCUUCCCAAUUGGGUUGACGAUGACGAUCGAAGGUUCCUCCUUGGCCGGGCAACCAAGCAGAUGACGCCCAAUGUCACAGUAGCUAAGGAUGGCAGCAUGGACUUCAAGACCAUAUCCGAGGCACUUGCUAAAAUGCCAACCACAGUAAACGGAAGGUAUGUGAUAUAUGUGAAGGAGGGAGUGUACGAGGAGCAGGUGGUUGUGGAUAUGAACAUGAUCAAUGUUACCAUGUACGGUGACGGCUCGAGGAAGACAGUUAUUACUGGUAGCAAGAACUUCGUCGACGGCACAAAGACCUUUGAAACUGCAACGUUCGCUGCGAUCGGGGACGGGUUCAUAGCGAUGGCGAUCGGGUUCCAAAACACUGCCGGUGCGGUCAAGCAUCAGGCAGUGGCGCUGCGCGUACAGUCGGACCGCGCCAUCUUCCUCAAUUGCCGCAUGGAAGCGUACCAGGACACGCUUUACGCGCAUACUCACAGGCAGUUCUAUCGAGGUUGCCUCAUCCUCGGCACCGUCGAUUUCAUUUUCGGCAACGCAGCUGCUAUCUUCCAGAACUGCAUCCUCAGCGUGCGUCGCCCCCUCGACAACCAGCAGAACAUCGUGCUGGCGCAGGGCCGCACGGACAGCCACGAGGCCACCGGCUUCGUCAUCCACAACUGUCGCUUCACUGCUGAACCAGAACUCGCCUCCGGCGGCAAGAUCCCGAGCUACCUCGGGCGUCCAUGGAAGGAAUUCUCCCACACUGUUGUGAUGGAGUCGGAGAUUGGAGAUUUCAUCAACCCCGACGGGUACAUGCCCUGGGACGGGGACUUCGCGCUGAAGACGCUGUCCUACGCCGAGUACGGCAACAAGGGCGCCGGCGCUGACACUUCGAAACGUGUCAAAUGGCCAGGCUUCAAGGUGAUCAACAGGAAUGAGGCGGUCCCCUACACCCCCACCACCUUCAUCCAGGGAGACGACUGGAUCCCCAAGACGGGCACUCCCGUACGCUUGGGCCUCUUCGAUUGA